GGCUGGGUGUGAAGCAAAAGAAACUGUUAUGCAACACAAACCUGAGCACAACAAUUUUUGUCCUCAGAUAGGAACUCCACAGGGCAACAGAUGUUCGAUAAGAUAAGUACAUAUUACAUGCAUGCACCAUGACACUUGUAACUGACAAAUUGGGACAAAAAAACUGAAGUUUUAACUCACUAUUAUGUUCAUUUGAUAGUAAUUGAACACUGUGCUGUCAUGUUUGCACAAACCUGUUUGUCACGUAGCAGAUGGCGCAGAAAAUCCGUGAGAACUGAUCUACUUUUGAUUCUAUUACGUUGAAAGUAAACUCAUAAAGGACUUGGAGACUUACUUGUUACAGCAGCGAGUCGUUGAAGUGCCCGGAGAGCCGAUCUGCUGCGAAAAGAAAGAGAAAACAGUCCUGUUGUUGAUGCGUUUCUCUUUAGCCGACGGGCGCAGUGAGACAAAGCGGAAGUACAUGAACGCAAAGUGCAUUACGUUAUAAACGUCAGCCCCGAAGUAUGACUUCCUGUGUGAUUUAUGAAAGGUUACGUCUCAGACAAGAAUGUGCGUUUGUAUUGAAUUGACAGAUACACUGCAGUUAAAAGAAGAAAAUGGAGAGUGUGUUUUGUGCAUCGUGUAAUUUAAGGCUGAGAGAGAAGUUGUAUUUGGAAAAAAGUUUUGCCUUACAGGUUAAACUAAGGGAAUAGUGAUGUUAAUAAUUCUGGCCCAUUUUUCACUCCCAGCCAAUCAACGCUUCGUAGACUGGGCGGGAAUUACGCCGUUUCCGCAAUCUACAUUUGUUUACGAAAUUGUCACGGGCGAGACGAGGAUACAAUUUCUGAUAGUAUUUAUUAAUUUAGCGCGAAGCUGAAGCAUUUGUGCACAUAAUUUCGUAAGUAUGCAGUACUUCAUUAGUUGGCAUCAAACAAACUACAUCGCUAGCGUUGCCAUUCAAUUAUUUAGUGUUGAAAUAUAGUCAAUGACGUCAUCCAACUGCGACCCAAUUCUACUUAGCUAUAGUUAAACAGAGUUUUUCUCGUUUUAAGUGUGAUUUUUAGGGUCGGUAUGAAGCAGCUACCCGCAGACACUGUGCGGCUGUUGUCCAGCUCACAGGUCAUCACUUCGGUGACGAACGUCGUGAAGGAACUGCUGGAGAACUCACUGGAUGCUGGAGCACUGGCCAUUGACGUCAAACUGGAGAACUAUGGCUUGGACCGGAUAGAAGUACGCGACAAUGGGCGCGGAAUCAAAGCUGCCGACACUCGGGUGAUGGCACUGCGCCAUUUCACCUCCAAGAUCCAAAGCCACGAGGACCUUGAACGCCUCCAGACGUACGGCUUUAGGGGAGAGGCACUCGGCUCCAUUUGCGCCAUAGCCGAGGUGAUGAUCACUACCAAGACCGAGGAUGACGACAUCAGCACUCAGUAUACGCUUAACAACCAAGGGAGUAUCGUGUCCCAAAAGCCGACUCACUUGGGCCAAGGCACAACCGUUAGCGUACUAAAACUUUUCAAGAACGUUCCCGUAAGACGACAAUACUUCUCAUCAGCUAAGAGGUGCAAGGACGAGGUGAAAAAAGUCCAGGACCUGCUGGUAGCUUACGCUAUUAUAAUACCUGAUUUAAGACUCACGCUGACUCACAACAAGGUGGUGAUAUGGCAGAAGGCCAAGGCAGCUGACCACAGGAGCGCUCUACUUGCUACGUUGGGCUCCAAUACCGUUGCCAACCUACUUCCGUGUCACCAUCAUCAAGAAGAAGCAGAGAUAUUUCUAGAGGGUUUUUUCCCAAAGCCAGGAGCUGAUGUCUCUUCAACCAGCACUGCUGUUCCAGACAAAACAUUCAUUUAUGUCAACGAUCGGCCCGUCCACCAUAAGGACAUCAUUAAAUUACUUCGUCAACACUAUGCUGCGCAAUAUGCCGAUGAGUCGGCGCAAAACCGCUACCCUAUCCUAAUGCUUAAAAUUGCUGUUUCGCCCUCUUCGGUGGAUGUCAAUCUGACACCUGACAAGACCCAGGUUCUUCUCCACAAUAAGGAAGCUUUGUUUACUGCUUUAGAAGCUCUGCUUGUUUCUCUCUACGGUUAUCGGCCUGGUCGCAACUCUCCAACGGAGCAGCUUGGCCGUGAAACAUCAUUAAUGCCAUCCUCAAAAACUGGUGCUGUAGAACCAGGGGAUGAGAUCACGACAUUGCAGAACGUUGUGGAAAAUCACACACUUAAAAAUACGCUUGAACAGUCUAAACAGCCACCAAGCCGACGGACCUCAGACAGUAGCUCUUCAUCCUCGGUAGCAGAGGACUGGAUCGUCAACCGGAUGCCCGGUGGUGAUGAAACUAAACGCUCAUCAAGUGAACUCCCCAAAGCACUCGAGGAUGACGCAGACUUGAGUAGACCUCGUAUAUCUGCUGAAGAAUGGAGCAAAGGCACGGCUUUGACAGACCCGAUAUCAGGAGAGCCUUUGGAGCCUGUCAGAGUCCAUCAAAUCUCUGCUCCGAUUAGCCCCGUUGUCAACGAGAUCGAAGCAAACAAAAAAACAUCCAACAUCAUUACAGAAAAGCGUGUGGCUCUGACAGCCUUUGACCUGAUCAGCAACCGGACGUUGAGAGCGCCGCAAUCACCGGUCGCCCUUUUUGAGAAGGAGGCCCGCAUUGAGGUUCUCAGGGAGAAACCUACUGCCAGCGUACAGGAGAUCAGCAUUGCUGUAAAUGACAGGUGGAAAAAUCUAAUGGAGGAAGACCGUAAGAAAUAUGAGGAGAAGGCCAAAAAACAACUGGAACACCACGACCGCACUUGCGCAGCCAAACUGGCGAACAGCGGCGGACCAAAAGAGCGACGGGCCGUCUCUGCAACAGGCCAGAAGCGCAAGGCCCCACCGUUCUCCAACCAGCAAUUGCUGGAUGAGCUCUUCUCCGCUCACCCCCAGAAGAAGCCCAAGAGCCCACAGCCCAGGCCUUCACGGCCCCUCCCCUGUUGCUUAUCGAGCCUUCGCUCACGGCUCCAGCGCCUCUCAUCAUCCCGUAACACGGCGGCACCGCAGGGCCUCCGUCUUAUAAACCGGCUGGCCUCUCAGAGCGUCUGGGUGAUUUUAUGUGGUCAGAGGCUCAUGUUGUUAAACCCCUUUCGGGUACAGGAGACCUUGCUGCUUGAGAAACUCCUACAGAAUAAUAUACUCCCAGCAGUCACUCUGCAGAACCCUAUACAAGUAACAGAUGGGAGUUUGGGGGGAAGUGACUACAUGGAUGCCUUGUGCAAAAUGGAGAAACAAAGCCCAGAUCUGAAUGGGAGGAUGAUCAUAUCUGACCCAAGACUUGUCGCUAAUGGGUUUAAAGUCAGACUCACUCCAGGCGGCGCGUCGGCUGAGAGACAUCUGGAAGUGACAGCGCUGGCCGACUGUGUGCCUUUCCUCGGUGUAGAGGACCUCGGGGAGAUCAUGACUGCGGUUCUUCGCAGGAAGGCCAAAACUGUGCAGGAGUGUCGGCCGCUUAAAGUGUCCAACUACCUCCAAGGAGAAGCCGUUCGACUCGCCCGACAGAUGCCUACACAUUUAUCCAGAGAGGACGUGAAAGACAUCCUACGAAGGAUGGAACAGCAACUCGGCGAGAACAGCCACACCUGUUUUCACGGACGACCUUUCCUACAUCCGCUGUCUGACAUCCCUCAGAAUGACAACGAGGCAAAAGAUCUCUUUAAACCUUUGGCACUAUGAAAUUGAGCAGUAUUUUUAUUCUGCCCAUUUCAACUCAUUGACGGCGAUAGACGUCCAAUCCAUUUAAAAUCACUGCCAUCUAUCCCUUCUAGUUCAGAUGUAUAGGAUGUCUUUUGCACUGAAACAUGGUCAUUCACUAGUCACAUGGUCAUUUAAAACAUUUUUUUUUAAAUACAGAAAAUUUAGACUGCUUAAACUCUGAUCAUGAAGAAGUAUGAUUAGUACACCCUCAAAAUUCUGACAGUCUUAAAUGGAAAGUUCAGAAUUUUUGACAUAAAGCUUAAUCUUUGAGUUAGCGGGGGUUUCAUUAGUCGGUGGAGUUGAUUUCAACAAAUUCCGUGCAGUUGGUCAAU